CGUCGGCUGCCUCUGCGCCUGGGCCAGAGGGAGAGCAGCGCGGCUAAGCGGCGGCAGAGGUUCCCACACGCAAGCGGGGGCAUGAGGAGAGGCGGCGGUCGGACGGGUCGCUUGUCAGGGCGUCGUGGCUGACGGGGGGGCGGCCGGCCGGCACGACGAUGACAGCGAUGCUUAGUCCAAAGAUCAGACAGACGCGGAGAGCCAGGUCCAAGAGCAUGGUCAUGGGGGAGCUGACCCGGCCCCCCGGCCGACCCUGCUCCCCCGGCCCCCAGGAGAGGGCGCUCAAGGCCGGCUGGCUGAAAAAGCAGAGGAGCAUCAUGAAGAACUGGCAGCUCCGCUGGUUCGUGCUGCGGCCCGAUCAGCUUUACUUCUACAAGGACGAGGAGGAGACCAAGCCGCAGGGCAGCAUCCCGCUCCAGGGCAGCCAGGUCCACGAGCUGACCGCCAACUCCGAGGAUUCCGGCCGUCACCUCCUAGAGAUUAUCCCAGGUGGAAGUGCGGAGAGGGAGCGCGCUGGUGUCGGCCAUGAGGCCAUCCUUCUUAUGGCUAAUUCCCAGAAUGAGGUGGACGACUGGGUCAAAGCCAUUCGGAGGGUCAUCUGGGCCCCCUUCGGAGGAGGUAUCUUCGGCCAGCGCCUCGAGGAGACUGUGCAGUAUGAGAGGAAGUUCGGCCGGAGGCUGGCCCCUCUGCUGGUGGAGCAGUGCGUGGACUUCAUCAGGGAGCGCGGUCUGGACGAGGAGGGGCUCUUCCGGAUGCCGGGCCAGGCCAACCUGGUGAAGGAGCUGCAGGAUGCCUUUGACUGCGGGGAUAAACCCCUUUUUGAUAGUAACACUGACGUCCACACGGUGGCGUCGCUGCUGAAGCUGUACCUGCGGGAGCUUCCGGAGCCUGUCAUCCCCUACUCCAAGUAUGAGGACUUCCUCACCUGCGCCCAACUGCUAGCCAAGGAAAGGGAAGAGGGCAUCCAGGAGCUGGGGAAGCAGGUGAAGACCCUUCCAGUAGCCAACUACAACCUUCUGAAGUACAUAUGCAGGUUCCUCCAUGAGGUUCAGUCCCAUUCGAAUGAGAACAAAAUGAGCGUGCAGAACUUAGCCACAGUAUUUGGACCAAACAUCUUGCGCCCAAAGGUGGAGGACCCAGUAACUAUUAUGGAAGGAACCUCCUUGGUACAGCAGCUCAUGACCGUGCUGAUCAGUGAACACGAGCGGCUCUAUUCUGGUGGGGAGCCGGAGGAGCCGGCAGCACCACGGCCAGAGGUGGGCCCCCAGGGUCCACGCGGCACAGUGGGCUGGAUCUCUGACGGGCCCCAAGGGAUCUGUGCAGAGGAUGGAAGCUCCUCCCUGGGACUGGAGGACUUGGGAAGCAGUGGCUCGUCACUGGACGUUAACAUCAGCACACCCGCCGCUGGCAGUACCUUGCGUGCAGCCAAUCAGGGAAGGGGGCUAGACAUGGAUGUCAGUCCGAGCAAGCAGGCUAAGUCGCUGCCUGUUUGGAAAAGCUCGUUCCGGGGCCCAGGGGCGCGACCUCAGCCAGGCAAGCUGGGCGGCUCUGCUGGGGACGUGUCAGGACUGUCGGGAGGGAGCUGGCUGAUGAGUGGGCUGUCCUCCCUGCGGGGCCACCGGCGCACCUCCUCAGGGGAGCCGGCGAGGGACUCGGGCUCCUCACAGAGGCUGUCCACGUACGAUAACGUCACGGCGUCCAGCCUGAGCGUGCCCAGCGGGGCCGGCACGGCCUGGACCACGUCGUCCUGCGACGUCUCUGUGCCGGACUCCAGUGAGUUGUCAGAGAAUAGCGUGAAAGGGGAGUGGCCGGCACCGCGGGGUCGCCCCCUGGAGGCAGAUGGUGGUGACACGCCGGAGCGGUGCGCCGGUGGUGUGGUCAGCAGCGGUGCCCACACCGACAGCCAAGCAAAGGCUCUGAGCAGCCUGGUGGAGGAGCUGCAGGAGGAGCUGAGGAAGCAGAAACUCACCUAUGAGACCAGGAUAAAGAGGCUGGAGGAGUCCAGUGCCACGCUGCGCUCCCAGUUGGAAAACCUGGAGCGGGAGAUGGACCUGGAGAGGCGGAAACAGCGGCUGCUGGAGAUCAAGCUGCGGAACUCGGAGCGGGCCAGGCAGGACGCCGAGACUCGGAACCGACUUCUGGAGCGCGAGAUGGAGGGCUUCUUCUCCACCCUGGGGGAGCCAUCCGGCGGGGUGCGGACCAGUGACAUCUGAGCGGGGGGGGGGGGGCUCUCCUCCCACACACCACAGAGGGUCUCAGGAUAUUAAAAAGAAGCCCAGAGGCUGCCCGACAUGGUAACCCCCCCUCGACACACACUGCCUACGCACAAACCAUACCAAAGCGAGACCUUUCCGGUGCAAGCCGGCUGGAACGGGAUGUCAGUUAUGUGACACAAGCCAACUGUGGCGUCUACUUCAGACACCCAACAAACCUGCUCAGCCCCGACGGUACCUUCAAGGCUCCCUGCAUGGGGUGACUUUGUUUCUGACUUAAAACACAGUUACGCCGCGCUUUUGCUUUCUGGAUGAGAUGGAAUACCAGACAGCUAAGGACUAAUGAACAAUACAACGGUACAAAUGUCAAUAAUGUGUGUUAAUUUAUCAAAGGGAAUUUAUUUUUUAAUAUGUCAGAAUAUGUUGCAUAUUAAAAUAUUAACGUAUCUGUAUACGUACAUUGUGGAAUACGUUCUACAGUAGCUUCCAGGUCAACUUGAAGAACCAACAAUACCUUAAAAGCGACAGACUGUGUUUGCACUUGGAGAUGCUGCCAGUCACAUAGUACACAGAGACUGAUGUUUUUUGGGUGCUUUCUUGGACUGCAUAUUGUCUGCAGAAAUUUAUUUUGAAAUGUCGUUUUCAAAUUGUCUCCCAUUAUUUAAUGUGGAAAACUGAAGAUAUCCGUAUUUAAUUCUAAAUGUCACUGAAAUGCUGAGAAAAGUACACAUUUUUACCGUCAUUUAACGGCAGGAAUGACAAAUACAUUUAUCACACUG